CCUAGUUAAUGUGGGAAUGCUGUGACGCUUUAUUUAAAUAAAAUAGCCUACAGUGAAAGACAAGACGGAGAGAGCUUAUUACAAGAAAGGAAAUAAGACAAGCGAAUAUUCACAGGUGACGCCCCCUCGGCAAAACUUUGCUCGCCUUUUAGCCAGUCACUCACAGCCACUAAACAAGAGUUGGGUUACCCUGCACUUCACGAGAGCCAUAGAACGCCUUUUAUUUUUCAGAGGAAAUAAACAUAAUCUAGACCUAUAAUAUACAGGGCACAAUUAAAAACAUUUAUUGUGUGAGAUGAUAUUUUAAUUUUGAUAUCAUUUUCGUGUGUUAACGAUGCUCCAAAAAUUUGGACGUGAAUGUUAUAUCGAAACUCUGCGCCCAUGGGUCGAUUGACGACGACGGGAACAGUGAUGCUUGCUCCACUGCAAUACCGGACAUGCAUGUAGAGCCUAUUUCCACACCACGCUUCACACAAACUGGACACGGCGCCCUGUAGGUUACGCAGUCCUCGGCUGCCUUGCAGCGGCGGUGGUUGCCGUGUAAAUGGGGGUAAAAUCUUUCUCCAGAAAGUACUACAAACAGUCCGGGGUCAACACAGAUUGAUUACCAAGACGUGGAGAGAACGGAAUCCGAGACGAGUAACGGGCCCAAGAAAUAUCACAGUGCUGUUGGAACCGUUAUGAUGGGUGAGGGAGAUAGUGACACCUUCUCCGGGACUAAAACGGCUCCAGAUGGAAGGAAAAGUUCACCAGGCAUCGGCGAAGACGACCUCACCAGCAGCCGUCGCUACAACAUAGACGAACUCGGUUCUGACAGGUACUUUAUCUCUUCAACACAGCCCAGUGCCGACGUGACGAACCCAUGUUCCCUGUUCCCCUACGGCCAGACGGGGAGUGUGUACAGUGGCUCAAACGGCUCCAGGUAUUCGGCUUCUCUGCAUUACGGAUCCGUCUUGCCACCGUCAGGGUUCUCGUCAGCUGUGUGCGCCAGCCGGAGUCAGUUUGCUACGGGCUACCAGUUUGGCCAGGGUCCGGGGUGCCUGUACCCGCCCUACCCGGGCACGGGCUCUGGCAUCAGCUCCAUGUCCCUCCCGGGGUCCGCCGGAGGUGCCAGGGCUCAGGUGUAUCUGUGCAACCGUCCUCUGUGGCUCAAGUUUCAUCGCCACCAGACAGAGAUGAUCAUCACCAAGCAGGGCAGGCGAAUGUUUCCAUUUCUGAGUUUUAACAUCACGGGGCUGAAUCUGACGGCGCACUACAAUGUCUUUGUGGAGGUAGUUUUGGCCGACCCCAACCACUGGCGCUUUCAAGGUGGCAAAUGGGUCACUUGUGGGAAAGCGGAUAACAACAUGCAAGGAAAUAAAGUGUAUGUGCACCCUGAGUCCCCCAACACUGGAGCGCACUGGAUGAGGCAGGAGAUCUCCUUCAGCAAGCUGAAACUCACCAACAACAAGGGAGCCAACAACAACAACACACAGAUGAUCGUCCUGCAGUCUCUGCACAAGUACCAGCCGCGGCUGCACAUAGUGGAGGUGACGGAGGACGGGGUGGAGGACAUCGGCAACCAAGAGGCCAAGACACAGACCUUCACCUUCCCUGAGAACCAGUUCAUCGCAGUCACCGCCUACCAGAACACCGACAUCACUCAGCUGAAGAUCGACCACAACCCCUUCGCCAAGGGCUUCAGAGACAACUAUGACUCGAUGUACACGGCCCCAGAGAGCGACCGGCUCACCCCGUCGCCCACCGACUCCCCGCGCUCGCACCAGAUCGUGCCCGGCGCGCGCUACGCCAUGCAGCCGUUCUUCCAGGACCAGUUCGUCAACAACCUGCCCCACCAGAACCAUCGCCACUUCUACGCCAGCGAGCGCGCCGUGCCCCAGACCAACGGCCUCCUCUCCCCCCAGACCGACGACCCCACCGGGAGCGCGGCCGCCGCAGCCGCCGCCUCGGCCCAGCGCUGGUUCGUGGGCUCGGUCCCGCAGUCGGGCUCGGGGUCGUCCAAGCUGGACCUGCCGUACGAGGGCGACUACUCCACCUCGGGCCUGCUGUCCUCCUAUGGCAUCAAGCCCCUCCCCCUGCAGACCUCCCACGCGCUGGGCUACUACCCGGACUCGGCCGCCUUCAUGGCCGCCGGAUGGGGGGGUUCGAGGGGGAGCGCGGGCUCGGCGGCGGCGGCGUACCAGCGGAAGAUGACCACGGGCCUGCCCUGGUCCCCGCGACCCAGCCCCCCAGGCCCCGCCUCCUUCGCCUCGGCCACUGACGACCCGCUGGGCGGGGUCGGGGUGGGGGUCGGCAACAAGGACGCCGCCGGCAAGCUGCAGGACGAGGUGGUCACCGCGGCGACUGUGGCGGUCGCCACGACGACAACCGCCAGCGGGGUAGGAGGAGGAGGAGUCGGGGUGGCGACCUCCUCGUCCUCGUCCUCCUCCUGGAUGGAGACGCCGCACUCCCUCAAGUCGGUGGACUCGGGCGACUCGGGGGUGUACUCCAUGGUGUGCAGCAAGAGGAGGCGCCUCUCCCCGGGGGGGUCCAGCACCGAGACCUCCCCCACCAUCAAGUGCGAGGACUUGACCUCAGAUGAGUACAGCAAGGACGGGGGGCAGAAGGCUAUGGGAGGCUAUUACACCUUCUACACUAGCCCCUAGACUAGAGACUCGCUGACCACUAAGCUAAGGGGGGGGCAGUCAAGACACCCCAUGCUCCUUUCCUCCUCUCCUCUUCUGUCCCCUCUGCUCGCCUUUCUCCUACUCUCCUCUGCUCUCCUCUGCUCUCCUCUCCUCUCCUCUCCUCUCCUCUCCUCUCAUUCCCUUCAAAUGUAUAGAUGAUGGCCUUGGCUAUUUCAUUUCUUAUUUGUUUUAUUUUGUUAUUUUUAUUGGCAAAAGACAAAGUGUUUAAAUGAUUAUGCCCAUUCUUUUUUUAUUAUUAAAAAAAGCAUUUUUAGAAGUUUGAUCAGAGAGUAGGCCUACCAAAGCUGAAUGCUCUCCUAUGUGCCAACUGAUUUCCCCUGUGUACAUGACUGGUGGUUCUGUUUUACUCCCACCCCCCAAAAAAUAUGAUUUGCUUUUAAAUCUUCUCUAAAGCAUGUCCCUGGAAAUGUUAGCAUUUCAUUUAUUUUUUAUUAAAUGCUGUGAAUUUCUCUUAAAAUUUUAUUUAAUAUCAAUUUGUUGUACAGUAUUUGUGCACUUUAGAUUGUGAUGUAUCUUGUACAAAUUGUCUACAUGGCUCUGUAAUGAAAUGAAGAAUAAACAUGUGCUUUUCAUAAAGUAA